AUGACUCUUGCAAAGUCUGGCCUCGCUCUACAGCUGCUGGUGCUAACAGGUGCCGCUAACUGCCACCCAGCUCCUCAUCAAACACCCGCUCCAGAGUUGAGAUUUCUGUAUCACCUCAAUAGCUCUCUUGGGGAGCCGGUCUCUUUUGGUCCCGGCCCAAGCGGUACCAAAAUGUCUAUUCCUAUUCUAGGCGGGACUGUUGAAGGCCCUAACAUCUGCGGCGAAGUUAUGAACGUUGGUGCAGAUUGGGGGACUAUUGACGCGAACGGUACCUUCAGGGCUGACGCUCGCUAUCAGUUGCGUACCAAUGAUAGCGCAGACAUCUUUGUACAUGUCACCGGCCCAACACAGCCAAACGGACAAGUCUUGAACCAUAUCACGUUUGAGACCGGCAGCGACAAGUACUUCCGGUUGAACAAUAUCGUUGCCGUCGGCAUAUCCACCUUGGGACAGACCACAGUCGCAGUUGAUGUCUGGGAGAUGGUCAAUAAACCUUGA